UAAGGAUACCCUUCAAGACUUGGAAAGCUUAAUAUUUUAGUCCUUCUGGUCACUCAGAGCUGGUCUUAGUAUGAGAAUGGGGUUAGUCAUGACCAUACAAGAGUAGGACUCCAACACCUUGAUCAAUCAUUUAGUGUCAAAUAAGUUGUUGGACUUUCUAUUCUAUGUUUGUUUCGUAUGCCAUUGACUUAUUCGAUAUUUUUUUAGUUUAAGGUCCUAUUAGGCAUAAUUCAAUUAGAUCUGAACAUUUAUGGUAUAAUUUAACAAAAAGAAAACUUUAUGAGUUUUUCCCUAGACAGGAAUUCUGGUAGAAGUUUAUUUCUUGGCAAUCUUGGGUUGAAAAAACUCGAAACUUAGUUCACACAUGUGAAGGACAUAGAAAAAUUCUUGAAAGAGUAAUCUGCACCAAGAUUCAGCUGUGUGCAUUGAUUUAGAUGAAUGAUAUUUGUUGCAAACACAAUCAUUCUCAAAAUUGAAUAAAAUAAAAUAAAUUAGUCUUAAAAAGAAAAAUUCAAUUCGUUCUUAUUCCACUUUGUUGCGAAAAAAUGCUUCGGGGAAGAAUUUUUUAUGUGUAUAUGUGUGUGUGUUUGUGUAUAAAGCACACACAGAAUGCACAGAGCACUAAACAACGUUUAUUUUUGUAUGAAAGCUCGGUUUCUUACCAUAAUAGUAAACAAAUCAAAUUCUAAGCGAUAUUUGAUUUGAAUUGGUGCAUACAUUAAUUCUAGCAAGUGGGUGCUUUAUCCACUAUGGGGCCAGCCCAUUUGCUACAUAGCAAGGAGAGUGAUUCGGCAUGAGAUCAAUCACUCAAUGACAGAAAGAUAAAUGAAUAAUCGAAAGCACUAUCAAAUUAAGCAUUAGUUUCUUAAUCUCAUUAUUCUUUUCCCUUAAACAUGCAUUUAUGAAGUGGGUUUACAAUUAUAAUCAUGUUCUUAUACCUAAUAGAUUCCCAUGAGCUUGAAAGUUUUCAGAAAAAAGAGGUGUCAUGCUUUAUGCAUUUUACUUCCUAUAAAAGCAGAACCAAUAUGAGGCAUUAAAGAAUUGUACCAACACACCUGUUCUCUCGCAGCUUCAGCAUCCUUUAGAAGAAGGAUGAAUAUCCAAGUAAGCCGAUGGUGUGCCUCAGCCAAACCUUUCCUGUCUGUGGUGUUCUUGCAGUUUGGGCUUGCAGGAAUGGACAUUCUGUCUAAAGCAGCUCUCAACCAAGGAAUGAGCAACUAUGUUCUUGUUGUUUAUCGCCAUGCAGUUGCCACAAUUGUUAUAGCUCCUUUUGCAUUGAUUUUUGACAAGAAGGUCAGACCAAAGAUGACAAUUCCAGUCUUUGCCAAGCUAAUAGUCCUCAGCUUGCUAGAGCCUGUGAUUGAUCAGAACUUAUAUUUCUUGGGUAUGAAGUACACAACAGCAACUUUUGCAGCUGCCAUGUGCAAUAUUCUUCCUGCCAUAACCUUUGUAAUGGCUUGGAUCCUCAGGCUUGAGAAGGUCAAAAUCAAAAGCAUCAGAAGCCAAGCGAAGAUAGUGGGAACCAUAGCAACAGUAGGAGGAGCCAUGAUAAUGACACUGAUUAAGGGCCCAAUUUUAGAGCUAUUUUGGGUAAACGAAAAAGCAGAUCAUCAACAACAACAAAGAGGUGAUAUCAGCAUUCAACACACAAUCAAAGGCUCAAUUAUGAUCACAAUUGGCUGUUUCAGCUGGGCCUGCUUCAUGAUUCUUCAGGCAAUCACUUUGAAAGCUUACCCCGCUGAGCUUUCUCUCACGGCUUGGAUCUGCCUGUUGGGCACUGCGGAGGGCACUGUAUUGGCGCUGGUGAUGGAAAGAGGAAAUGCCGCCGUUUGGAGCAUUACUUGGGGAACUAAAUUGCUCGCCGCUGUUUAUAGUGGAAUAUUCUGUUCGGGACUUGCUUAUUACAUUCAAGGAAUAGUGAUGAAAGACAAAGGACCUGUCUUUGUGACUGCCUUUAGCCCAUUGAGCAUGGUCAUUGUCGCCAUUAUGAGUUCGUUCAUUCUCGGCGAGCGUCUUUACUUCGGAAGGGUACUUGGAGCUGGUGUGAUAAUUGUAGGGCUAUACCUUGUGGUUUGGGGCAAAAACAAAGAUGGAAAUGGCUCAAGUGAAGACCUCAAAUUGCCCACCAAACAAACCCAAGAAAUUGAAGCAUCUAAUUCAAUUGAUAUAAACAAUGACCCAAAAUAAUGUAAAUGAAAGGCAUAAAUAAGCUCAUAAACUAUUUUCCAUCCUUUAAUUUCUUUUAAGUGUAACAAUUGUUUCAAAAUUUUCAUUUUUUUUUUUUUGUUUAGUUUUAGAACAUUAGGGUUUUUUCGUUCGUGGGUUGCUAAGAAGGUUGUAGUUUAUGGAAAGAUGACGAUGAAUGUUGUUGAAAGGAAGAUCGAUAAUUAAAUGAUUGAGAUAAACACAAACCCGUGUUGAAUAA